AUGACAUCGAUAGUCCAGUGGGUGUACAAUACCCCGCGCCAACUCGAGGCAAAUGAGAUCGACAGUGUGGAUGUCAAACCGACAGAUUUCCCGGCCGAGCAAGACCCAUUCGGCGAUGAACGCGAGGAGACGGUGAAGUAUAAGACCAUGACAUGGUGGCAAACCGGCAUGAUCAUGAUCGCCGAAACAAUCUCCCUCGGCAUCCUCUCUCUACCAAAGGCGUUGUCCAUCCUAGGUCUUCUUCCAGGCAUUUUCACCAUCCUCCUGGUCGGAAUGAUCUCCACAUACACCGGGUACACAAUUGGAAAGCUCAAAACCCAACACCCAGGAAUUCACUCCAUGGCCGACGCAGGCGAUCUACUCUUUGGAAAAGCCGGCCGUCACGUCCUCGGAUUCGGCCAAUUAGUCUUCUUCAUCUUCGUAAUGGGAAGCCACAUCCUAACCUUCUCAAUAAUGAUGAAUGUCCUCAGCGACCACUCAGCCUGCACAAUUCUCUACUCAUCAACGGGCCUCCUAAUCUCAUUCAUACUAACUCUUCCCCGCCGACUGGAACGCCUAUCCCACCUCUCAACCGUGAGUUUCAUCAGCAUCAUCGGCGCAGUUCUAACAAGCAUGAUCGGCGUCUCCGCAAGCAAAAUGGCCAUCAGUCCUGUCCCGCUUUUCGCCCCAGUACCGACAGUGCACGAUGCUUGCCUCGCGAUCGCGAAUAUUAUUUUCGCUUAUGCGGGUCACGUCGCGUUUUUCACUCUAUUCUCGGAACUCAGGGAUAUCAAGGACUUUCCGAAGGCUCUUUCGUUACUCCAGAUGUGCGAAAUGGUUAUGUAUACGAUUUCCGCCAUCGUGAUAUAUCUCUACGUUGGUGCGAGUGUCACAUCGCCCGCUUUGAAUUCAGGAGGAAUUCUUUUUCGCAAGAUUUCGUAUGGUAUUGCGAUUCCGACGAUCGUAAUUGGAGGCGUCGUAAACGCCCACGUCGCAGUCAAAUUUAUCUACGUCCGCCUCUUCCGAGGAACCAAUUCAAUGCAUACCCGAUCAUUUGCGGCCCGGGCCGCGUGGGCCGGCAUAUGUGCGGCGCUUUGGAUUGUCUCGUGGCUGAUUGCAGAAGGUAUUCCGGUUUUCAACGAUGUGCUCGGUCUUGCGAGCUCCCUCUUCGCUAGCUGGUUCUCUUUCAGUUUGCCGGGCUUCUUUUGGCUAUAUUUGAAUCGAUUGAACAAGGAUAUUGCCAUUGCCGUUCCGGGAUGGAGGCAGAGGGCUUCGUAUUGGUUAAAUGCUUUUUUGGUGGUUCUUGGGAUCGUCUUUGUGAGCUCUUCCACGGAUUUCAAGAGAUGGACAGUUCUGACCGAUCUUGCCACUAACCGCAUCGCACCACAUCUCUGGACCUCGUUCUCGUUCCUGAAGGAUGCAGGCGCAGGCGCCCUGUGA